GCAAUGAGACAGGAGCAGGGCUCGGAGCUGCCUGCAAACACAUCCUAUCUCUGCAAACUUCAACCAGCAACCGAGGCAUCUUUUACUUUUUAUUUUCAUUUUUAAUGUGGAAUGUUUCGUUUGGUGGCUUUGCAAUAUCAGAAAUUGGAUUUCAUGGAGAAGGAAAGGCAGUCUGACUGGAUUAUAUCUGGAUGAAAUGAAGUUUUUGGAGGAUUUAUAGACGGGCUCCUGUUGGACUUUUGACGCCGGGGCCCUGCAAUGAUUUUUUGUGUUUUUCUUUGAAUGCCUGGUGUAAUUUUCGUAAAAGCGCACAAAGCCACAGCCUCUCUCUGUGUUAUGGAAAACCUCACCAUGGAUAACAUGACUGUGGAGAAUGACACGUCGGUGCAGGACAAUCAGACCUUGGGUGUUUGGACUGACCACACCGUUGAAUAUAAAGUGGUCAGUGUGUUUUUGGUGUCCCUCAUCUGCGGGGUGGGGAUCGUGGGGAAUGUGAUGGUCAUCCUGGUGGUUCUGACCACCAAACAUAUGCGGACUCCCACUAACUGUUACUUGGUGAGCCUGGCCGCGGCUGACCUGAUGGUGCUGACGGCCGCCGGGCUGCCCAACAUCACCGACGCCCUGUACGGUCAGUGGGUGUACGGCUACGCGGGCUGCCUGGGCAUAACCUAUUUCCAAUACCUGGGGAUAAACGCGUCCUCCUGCUCCAUCACCGCCUUCACCGUGGAGCGCUACAUCGCCAUCUGCCACCCCAUCAAAGCCCAAUUUCUGUGCACUUUAUCCAGGGCGAAGAAAAUCAUCAUGCUGGUGUGGGCGCUCACUUCUGUCUACUGCGUCAUGUGGCUCUUUCUGUCAGACACGAAAAAGUUGGUGUAUGACAACGUGGUGCUGCUCAGCUGCGCCUACAAAGUGUCCAGGAGUCACUACCUGCCCAUCUACUUCACAGAUUUCGCGGUGUUUUACGUGCUGCCUCUCAUGCUGGCUACGGUUCUGUACGGACUGAUCGCCAGGAUACUUUUCCUCAACCCGCUGCCGUCGGACCCCAAAGACAGCACCAAGAAGUGGAGGAAAGAGGCGAGUCAGGGAGGGAGGAUGAUCGGCACCAGUUCCUCCAGCAGCACCACGGCUGCUUCCCGCAGACAGGUGACCAAGAUGCUGGCUGUGGUGGUGAUCCUUUUCGCCUUACUGUGGAUGCCCUACCGGACCUUAGUGGUGGUCAACUCCUUCCUGGACAAGCCCUACCUGGACAUCUGGUUCCUGCUCUUCUGCCGUCUCUGCAUCUAUUUAAACAGUGCCGUUAACCCGGUCAUCUACAAUGCCAUGUCCCAGAAAUUCCGCGCUGCUUUUAAGAAGCUGUGUCACUGUGGCCCUCAGCGCAUAGAGAAACCGGCUUCUUACAGUGUGGCGCUCACCUACAGCGUCAUCAAGGAGACGUCCAAUGGGGAAAGUCCCGACCACUUCACUACAGAAAUGGAUGAGCUAAACACACCAACAGAUCAGUACCUGCCUACCAACAUCCUGCCCACCACCAAGAGGAUGCCGUAUGAGGAGCCUUCCCUGUCCGAUGUCAAGGCCUGAGGAUAAAGAGGAUGACAUCGCCUGACAUUUGCAGUAUGGAUUCAGUCAGCCAUUGGACAUUUUAGAGACAUUUUCAUGAAAAAUACACAGACACUCCCAGUUAAAUUUCUCUAAGGUGUUUUCUCUCAGAAAGGUUAAUUUUAUUUGAUGAGUCCAUUUGCCAGAAGCCAAAUAGGAUGGAGCAAGAUAGUGUCAAUAUAGGCUUUUUAAUAUUUUGUACAAAAUAACUGAAAGGCGUUAUCAUGAGCUGUCCCAAAUACAUUAUGUCUGAAGAGAGAGAGAAAAAACAAUCCUGCCAUAAUAUACAGGAAAACAGGAAAGGUUAGUUAUUAAUCUACGGUAUGAUGCCCCUAACCCUUAUGAUAUAACGCAGAGACACUUUGUAUAGAUAUUAACCUAAACUGUUAUAGGAAAAACGUGCAUGUGAGCAGUUUGUCAUCAGGUUUAUCCUACAGUUGCAUGAUUGGUUUGAUUGAGUUAGACUGCCUUCCCAUCUUCACUUCCUCUUAACUUUAAACAGAACCAGACUCUGUCAAACCAGUAGAUAAUUUAAAGGCUUGACGACGUCAGUACUUAACACAGUGUAAGUUAAGUUCCUACUUCACUAUAUUUUGUUGAGUUUACAAUUUGCCUAAACUUAAAAUUCCAUGAUAGGAAGAAACAGGAAAAAUCAUAGAGUAAACAUAGUGCAGGUGUUUUCUCUGAGCGCCUCAGAGGGUACUGUGCUGUCUAAUGGGGUUAAAUGUAGCCAAAGUAUUUUCACACCACAGAUGUGUCACUACCUCUUUUAUUCUCAACAAUUUCCUCAUAGACAUAUUUAGCUCACUCAACUAACCUUGCUACCUGUUUUGAAAAGGCACUAUCCAGUUUCUAAAGGACUAUGACUAUUGAUGGGCAGUAACACAUUACUUUGUAACGUUACACAGUAACACAUUACUUUGUAAUGUUUAGUAAUGUUUCAAAGUAACACAUUGUUAUGCAUUACAGUAGCUUGAUUCAUUUCAGUGACGAGUAAUAGGAAUUACAUUUGUUACUAAUACCAGUAAUGCUCUGUUACAUUUUUGACAAUUUGGUGGAUUGUCCAUCUUACCGGUAGUUUGAUGGAAGGUUGAUAUCACUUUGGACACUGUGCAUUAGGUGGACAGAUGGGUCCAGUACGUGCUAGCUUGGUUGGGGGGGCUGGAGGUCGGGGGAGGCAGUUAGCGGUUAAAAAGAAAAUGUAACUCCCAGUAACUCUACAGUUAGCUAUACAUAUUGUGUCUUAUUAGCUGUUUUGCUAACAUUAUCUACUGGGUAAGGCUACAUUCAGGAACCCACUCAUUUUGCUCAGAGUUGGAGAGUGUUUGAACAAUGCAGCUCCACUGUGAAGAUGGUAGCCAUGGGGGCUAACGUUAAGCUAGCUGUUGAUGGUGAGUAAAUACCUACUUGUGAGUAAAUAUCUGUUCAUGAAACCAUAAUGUCUUAUUUUCUUUUUCUACACGUGUUAAAUACAUAAAAUGUAACGUGAUUGUGUAAUGUAAGAAAUCACAUUUCUGUUGAGUAAUUAGUAAAGUAACUUAAUUACUUUUUAAAUGAGUGGUAUGUAUUGUGUAAAUGAUUCAAUUUUUCAAGGAUCUUACCCCACACUGCAUAUGACAGGUUAGAAAUACCUUUGUUCUGUUUUGGGAUUGUGUGUGUUGUCAAGCAAUAUCAUUUAUUGCCAGUAUAUCAAAGUGUCUAUUUUUUUUAAUCAAGGACAUUUUCUAUUGUGAUCAGUAUUUAUAUUGUUUAUAUCACCUAGCCCAAUAUCACUGUUCCAAUUCAGCUGUACCCAUGUUUUACAGAUUACUUGUAGCAAUUUUCCUGUUUGUACAUGUACCUCCCCACCAGAAGCCAUGUAAUCCAAAUGAAUCCAAAUGCACAACACCAUGACAUUUUAAUCUUGCUACUAGAGGGAAAGCAUGGACAUGGAAUUACAUGACCUUUUAAAAAGGUCCAAGCAAAGAAAGGGACCGAUAUUACAGACAGUCACUUGAACCUGCUGUGUUAAUUUCAAAAUCACCCGAACUCUAAUGAUUUCUGCAGGGACUUAAGUCUUAACAGUGACAGACACAGCAAAGCCUCAUGUUGCUUCGGUCACUGUGAGGACAACCACUGUGUGAAACCUGUGAAGGUCAGUGGCCAGUGGUAGAUAAUGAUGAGGGAGAAAUGUGUAGCUCCAAUGUGCAGACAGAGAGGCUGUUCGUCAAAGGGUCAGAUGACUGUUGUGGCAGUAAUGUGCUGAUAUUGGCUGAGACUGCAGAGUGCAGCACUUUUCUGUGAUUUAUCUGCUCAGCAAAACCCACAGAGCAAUGAUGGAAUGUGUAAAUAGAUCGCGAUAAAGUGCCAUACUUGAGCUGGUGCAAUUCAGUAUGUAUAUAGCUCACCCUGCUAUUAAAAGAAGAAUUUUCUGCUGUUUCUUUUGCUUCGUAUAUGUGUAAAUUGAAGAGCACUCAGAGGGAAUGAAUGCUGAGUGAACUCAACGAAAGGGACCUGUUUCAUACCGAACAGCAAGCUUUUUUGUCUAUAUUGUAAAGUUGCCUGAAAUUGAUUGUGCAGUGCAAUGUGAAAUUAAUUCAAUAUUGUGUUUUUAAAUGUGUGCCAGCGAGUGCAUUUUUAAUAGCUUUUUUUGAUUCACUGUUCCAUCAGUGUGUUUUCUGUCUUGUCAAAUCAGUCAGUGGAAGCUAAUAAUCUCCAAAGUGAAACAGCUGAGAAAAUAUAGUUGUUAGAUGAUAUAGUUUGCAUCUUAAAGUACCUCUAAUUUGUGCACUUUUUAUUAAUUACUCCCUUUGUUCUCACUUGAAACAUUUAAUUUUUGGGAAACUACCAAGCAGUUAUGAAGGAGAUGUUUUUUUUUUUUGCCCUGCACAGUGUGCAGUCUCCAGCAUGAACACAAGCUUUUGUGAUGUGAACACAAAGAUGACAAAACCUGAUACCCGAUGUAUUUCCAUCUGAGGCGAUGCUUUGUGUACAUUUCUGUUUUGAGGUAGCUUUUUUCUGCUCUUGCUGUUUGAUGGAUUGUUUUGUAUUUUGUAUUGUUCUUUGUCUAUAAUAAACACCCAAUAAUUGCA